AUGAACGAUUAUCUGCAAAAUAUUUUGCAUUGCGACAUUUCAGAUUUGAAAAAAGAAUUUCCUCUGUUUGAGUCGGACGUGCUCGACAAAUCGAAAAGAACUCGUCGUGGUGAAGAACAAUUUUCUUCGGACCAGCAAAAGGAUUCCCCCUCCAGUGCACUUAUUACUAACAGUGCAGUGGCAUCAAGGGAGCUCAAUAUUAUUAGGUUGGAACCGAUAUCCAUCAAGUCCGAAAAACAAAAUCCACAAGUUGUAAACGUCAAGCAAACGUUUCGCUUCCCGAAUAAUUUUAUCACCAAGAAAAAUUCGUACCACUCAUACAAUCAGUCUCGUCGUCCGAUGGCUCCCAGGCAUAUGCACAGUCAGACGAGUAAAACGAUUGUCGAGCUCUACGAAACCCAGAAGCGAACGGGGGAAGUCCGCUCCGUGCUGUCUCCGUGCAAGCUUGAAUCAGAUACCGACAGCGAGCAGAAUUCCGAAACGCACCUCCAGGCCGACAAUCGUAAUAUAUCGUACACCGUAAUUGAUGUCUCGAAGAAAUCUCAUCAUAAGCAAACAGCAAAACCGGUGGAAAUGAUCCUGAUUAAACCAAAAAAUCAUCGGUCUGUUCCCACGACACCAUACUUCAAUUCUAAGAAGAAAAGACCACCAUCCAAACGAAAGUACACUAGAAGCAUCCGCUCCAGAGAUUACUUUUUAUCAACACUAAAAUCACCAAAAAGAAAAUCUAAAUAUCCAGAAAGUUCCGAUCACGAAGACGACAACGCAAAAGACACCAGUUGUCAAGAAGAUUGCGGCAACACUACUUCAGAGAGCUCGAACCAAUCCAAUGACUCUUUACUAGAUGAUGACGGAUCAAUUCACGACACAAUUCAAAUUAACAAAAUUAUCGACAAACUGCAAGAUAAUGUCUGGGAGGUUAAUCUGCAAGGGAUUCGGGAGCUCAUGGAAACGGCUAGUCAAGUGGAUUGGAAAAAGUACGAAAAGUACAUUACCAUUAUCAAUCGAAAAUUGAUCGACUUCCUAAAAAGUCCACGGUCAUCUCUGUGCCGAUCUGCUUGUCAAGCCACAGGGGAACUGUUUCGGGAAGCGAAAUCCACCAAACGACCGGAGUUCGAUGAAAUCGUUGACAUAUUGUUGUGCAAAACUGCCGACUCCAAUCGGUUCAUCCAGAAGGACGCCAACGUAGCCCUGGAUAAGCUGGUGACGUACAUUUCGACUUCGCACACUGUAAGAGCGCUUUCCGCAAGAGGACCUAUACACAAAAACCCAUUGGUUAGAAUCGCCACAGCAAGGCUUCUGGUUUGCAUUUGUGCCCUAUCAGGACUAGAUGCCAUUCUAGGAACUUACGCCAACCCACGCACGCGUAAAGCAAUCCUCGGCAUGCUGGCCAAGUUUCUUACGGACAAAAACUUGGAAACAAGGAAAUUCGGCGAACGGUUGUACAAAAUGCUUCGAAAGCACAAAUUUUUCAACGAGUACUUUUACAAGGAUAUGGACAGCAAUUGUAAAAGCAAUCUGAAACGAGUUUUCAAAUCUCUAGGGCUGUAG